CUAGAGUAUUCUCUUUGCACUUCAACCCUUCAUUCAUGUACCUAUACCUAUUCACAAACAUGUAGCCUAACCUAAACAAAACUAAACUAAACUAAACAAAACCCAAGUUGUCAUCCAAGUUGUAUAUUAUUAAUAUUAAUUUUUUUAUAUAUAAUCACAUCAUAACAUAAUGUUAUUGUGAUUGUGAAAAUCUAUGAAUUUUCAGCUUCUUCAUUUUUUUUUUUAAGGUUGUACGGAAUUUGCAUCCUGAUUCAAUUUGCCGACACAAACAUUAGUUUGGUUUGUUCUUUUGGAGAGUACUAGGUUGUGAAAAUUAAGAUUGCUAUUGUUGGAAAAAAAAUGGAUAGUGAAGGAAACAAAAGCAAUGAUUUUUAUGCGGUUUUGGGAUUGAAUAAAGAAUGCACUGAUUCUGAGCUUAGGAAUGCUUAUAAGAAACUUGCAAUGAAAUGGCACCCAGAUCGUUGUUCAGCUUCAGGAAAUGUGAAGUUUGUGGAAGAAGCUAAGAAGAAAUUUCAGGCGAUUCAAGAGGCCUAUUCUGUUUUAUCUGACGCGAAUAAGAGGUUAAUGUACGACGUUGGAGUUUACGACAAUGAUGAUGAUGAAAAUGGUAUGGGUGAUUUUUUGAAUGAAAUGGUUACAAUGAUGAGCCAAACUACAUCAAAUGAAAAUGGAGAGGAGAGCUUUGAGGAGUUGCAGCAAUUGUUUAGUGAUAUGUUUCAAGCAGAUAUUGGAUUAGAUGGAAGCAAUUCUAUGAACUCUUCUGGUUGCUCAACUUCAUCUAGUUUCAUGAAUUAUAAUGAAAGUUCUAAUUCUAAUAAACGCAAUUCCAACCAGAUGAAUUAUGGAAUGGCAGGGGAUUCGUCUAGCUUCGAUGCUAAUUAUCAGAACUUCUGUUUUGGGGUGAAGCGCCAUCAAGAAGAUGCGGUGGAGAAGGAAAAAGGGGGAAUUCAAGGAGGAGGAGGUAGCAAUAGACAAAGAGGCAGAAAACAAAAAAUCUCAUAUGGCCAUGAUGUUUCCUCUAAUGAUAAUCAUGGAAUUUCUGCAAACUAGUGUGUCAACUUUAGUAUUUUGGUCUUGAGAACUUCCCAAUCUUGACUUGCUACAACUAAAAAGAUUAGGAGCAAGAACACAUAGUUUGUGUUAGUACUAUGAAGUCCUAGGGAGGGAUGUCACAAAUGCCAACCCUUCUAGCUAUUGGACACUUAUGUUAAGAGUUUGAGUUGAAAUUUAAUUGACAAGUCAUUUUGGUAUUUAAUUUAUGCAUAUUUGUAUCAUUUCAUUUCAAGUUAUUUAAAACAAAAGUGUAAUAUUGUUGGUCAUUUGUUACAUUAUGAUACAAAUCUUGAUGUCAUGUUUUGACUUGAAA